CAGCCGCGCAUGCGCAGUGCGCUGACCUUCCGGGGACAGAGGCCGCCAUGCCCGGGCCGGUAGAGUUACCUGGGGCUGAGGAUCUCUCUGUACAAGAGCUUGAAGUAAGUUCUGCUGUGCUAAAGGCUGCAGCCCAUCAUUAUGGAAGUCAGUGUGAUAACCCCAAUAAGGAAUUCAUGCUGUGUCGUUGGGAAGAGAAGGAUCCAAGAAGAUGUCUGAAGGAAGGGAGACAAGUGAAUCAAUGCGCCCUUGAGUUCUUCAGGAAGAUUAAGACUCAUUGCGCAGAGCCCUUUACUGAAUAUUGGACCUGUAUUGACUAUUCAAACUUACAGGAGCUCAGACGUUGUCGCAAACAGCAGCAAGCAUUUGAUAACUGUGUUCUUGAUAAGCUUGGUUGGGUGAGGCCAGACUUGGGAGAUCUGUCUAAGGUCACAAAAGUGGAAACUGACAGACCACUCCCAGAAAACACCUACCACUCAAGGCCAAGGCCUGAACCAAACCCUCCAAUUGAAGGAGAGUUAAAACCAUCCAAAUAUGGGAGCAGACUUUUCUUCUGGACUUGGUAAAAGGAGCAGCUUUUAUCUGACUAAUAUAAAUAUGUUUCUGAUCUUCCUGCCAUUGACCAGAUUAUUGUAAACUUAGAAAUAAAAUAAAACAUUGCCUGGA